AACAAAUGGUGGCGCUGUUCAAAAGCUCAGGAGGCGCAGUCCGCGCUACCGAACCGUCCCCACAGCUCAAGCAGUACGAUUUCAGAUAUACCAUCUGAUGUGGUUAAAACGAAAGUCGAAAUAGUCUCUGGGGACGACAUCGUCGGCAGGUGUACUGGGAAACCCCCAUGAUCAUUGACAUUGCACAUCGACACGAACAUAAUUGCUGUCAAGUAACUGAACUUCUGAAGUAGACUUAGUGCUGGAUCAGUGGUUUAAACAGUUGCCUGAAAAAGGAGACAAAAUAUUGAAGCUUCUAAGCAAUUAUCAGCACUGGACCUGAAGACUAGCUUCUGUGUGUUUGUGGCUGGGACAAUACUGAUCUUUCAGCUAAUUUUGGUGGUUCGACAGCUGAAGAUGGAGGAAUCUUCUCAACAGAGUAUGAUGGACGUGGAGUCCCAACAGACAGGGACAGAGUCUCAACAGACAGGGACAGAGUCUCAGAUGUCCAUAGAACAAGAAGUCCCAGAGUCCCAGUCGCAGAUGGAGGUGUCCCAGCAAUUACCGGAUGAGGAGAUGAAACUGGAAUGUGACGCCACCGAUUUGAAACAGGAACGCGACGCCACCGAUUUCAAACCGGAGGGUGACGCCACCAAUUUCAAACCGGAAUGCGACGCCACCGAUUUGAAACCAGGUGGUGACACCACCGAUUACAAACCAGAAUGCGACGCCACCGAUUACAAACCGGAGGGUGACGGCACAGAUUUCAAACCAGAAUGCGACGCCACCGAUUACAAACCGGAGGGUGACGGCACCGAUUCUAAACCGGAGUGCGACGCCACCGAUUCUAAACCGGAGUGCGACGCCACCGUCCCAAAACAGCCCAAACUUGACCACGGCGAUGACCCUGACGACCUGGUAUCACCAGCAUCCACAGCAGAACAGACAACGGAACCCGACGAAGCGGUGGGCGAGAAUGGUGAUGGGCAGGACCAAGAAGAGACAAAGAAGGAGACGGAGAAGUCAACGGCCAAGGAGGAAGUCGUGGAGAAGUCAACGGCCAAGGAGGCAGUCGUGGAGAAGUCAACGGCCAAGGAGGCAGUCGUGGAGGAUGUUGACAAGGAUGAAGAGGACUCGUUUGUGUUUCCGGACACGGUUGCGUUUCCGGACACGCUGGAAGGAUUCAAGUAUGCAUUCAAUGAAGGCGGUCAGUUGAGGCAUACAGAAACUGGCGAACCGUUCUUGUUUGAAGUCAAGAAAGGCGACAUGCGUUACAAUCAGCUGCACUAUGAGGCACUCGGGGAGGUCAUCACGCAACACGUCUACAAACUUCUGGAGUCGGAGACUAAUCUCAAGAGAGUUUACCUUGGAGACUCUGAAAAUGAACUCAGAGGCUUCGUCUUCAUGAGCGAGAACGCCCUGGAGACUACAGAUAAGCUCUUGAUAUUAAUUCACGGUAGCGGAGUGGUGAGGGCUGGGCAGUGGGCGCGGCGCCUCAUCAUCAAUGACUGCCUCGACAGCGGGACGCAGCUACCCUACAUCAAGAGAGCAAUGGAGGAAGGCUAUGAAGUCCUUGUGAUGAACACCAAUGAGAAUUUUUCUACACUGGCAGAUGGGCGCAGAGUUUCCAUCAAGGGCAGUUCAAGUCCGAGUGAGCAUGGUCUCAACGUUUGGGACAAAUUUGUCGCCGAAACUCCAGCGAAACAUGUGGCCAUAGUGGCGCACAGCUACGGAGGGGUGGUAACAAUCGAUUUGGCUGUGAAGAGAACGGAGAGUUUUAUGAAGAAGGUUUUUGCUGUGGCGUUCACGGAUUCAGUCCAUUCCCUUCACUAUGACAUGGACGAUGCUCUUCACGCCUUGUUUACUCAAAAUGCAGUCAACUGGGUGUCAUCUCACAAGCCGCUAGGGACUGUUGUGGAUGAUAGAGGUUAUGACUGUACAAGGGUAUCAGCAGGUACAACGAGACAUGAAGAAACCUCGUGGUACAGCUUCCACUCUAUCUUUCACUUUCUGAGUACCAAAGAGGAAGAAGUGAAGCGCCCAGAAGUUGAGGACCCUGUUGCAUCCGAGGCAUCGGAACCAGCAGGAGAUUCCAUGAGUACAGAGGACGGUCCGGGACAAGAGGACGUUGAAAGUGAGGAGGCAUCAGGGGCUCGGAAUGCUGAGACACAGCCGUUGCAGCCACCGGAGACUGGCGGGCAAGAGACGGAAAUAGGAGGACGCGAGACAGAAGUAUGACCCUAAUGAGGACAUCGCAGUGUAAAGAGGACAUUAGAUUUCUAACACAAUUGAAGAGAAUGUAUUGGACAUGAGAUGGAGUAAUGAUACUAAUGAGGACGUUAGAGUAACACUGUUAAUGUAACGAGGACGUUAGGAGUUACUGAGAAUGUAAAAUGUAUCGAGGGCACGACAGAGUAAUGAUACUGGAUUACUGAGGACCUCACCAUGUAAUGAUGUUACAGUUACAACACUAAGGAGGACCUCACAGUGUAAUGAAGACGGAGUUACACUAAUGAGGACCUCAGUGUAAUGAGGACGUUAGACAAAUAUUGAUGACAACCUCACAGUAUAACGACAUUAGAGUUACACUAAUAAGGACCUUGCAGUGUAAUGAGGACGUUAAGAGUUACAACACUAAUGAGGAUCUCACUGUGAAAUGUGGACAUUAGAGUUACAACACAAAUGGUCGAGGACCCGCCUUACAGUGUAAGAAGACGUUUAGAGUUAUAACACUAAUGAGGACCUCACAGUGUAAUGAGGACAUUAGAAAUAUGACACUAAUUACAUUUGAAUGUAUGAAGGAUACGAGACAGGGUUUUCACAGGACUUGAUACUGAAACGAGGACGUAAAAAUUGAGUUGACAAUCAUGAGGAUGUGAGCGUGUUAAGGAGAUGCGAGACAGAGUUAUUUCAGUGUAAUAACAAUGCGAGACAGGGCUGUGAUGCUGUAUUUAUUUAGACAGUGUUGCAACACCCAAAUAAGGACAUAAGGUAGAGUAACUACAUUUACUUUUCUUUAAUCGGAAUGUUUUAACAGUUGUUAACAAAAUAGUGAAGAUCUGAGAUAUUCGUGUCUUUGCAGUGGGUCAAGGACCCCAAGUUUUGAUAAAAAAAUUAAGAAGCAAGAGUUUGUGAUACUUGCAGUGUAGUCUUUUUCUUUGCAACUUUCUUCUACUGAAAUAUAAAUCAAAUCACUAUGUGAUCAAAAUUACUGUAUAUUUUUUAGUAAAAGCUGCUGAAACAGUUUACUAUCAUCUAAUACUUGGAGCACGUACAUCUUUUCCCAUGAAUUUGUAAAAGAUACAGUGUAGUGGUAUUUUCAGUGAUUUAAUAAGAUAUGCAACUGUAAUUUAUUUAAUUGAUGUACAGGGUGAGUCAGAAAAAAACAAAACGAAACCCAAAUGUUGGGACCAUUGUUUUAGGGAAGUUCU